AUGUCAGGCCCCUACGCAUAUUCCCCCCAGCUACCUAGACGAAGCUCCUUCGCAGCCCGCAAAGCCCUGAAACCACCCGACCGCCCCAUCGCCAUCCGCACCGAAUACACAACCAACGACAAAACCCUCCUGGUCAUCCGCCCGCGAGGCGACGCCUUAUCCCCCGUCGGCUACGAGAUCGAAGACGAGCAUGGCAUCCCCCAUUUCACCGUCAGCGGCCGGAAAUUCAACGACCGCGCCUGCCGCGAGUUCCGGGAUAGCUCGGGAUUGCCGUUGUUUGAGCUUCACAGGAAGAUCUCGGUUUCUAUCCGUGGGUUUAAUGCGUGGGUCGUUACAUUGCCAGGGUUUGACGUCAGCAAUAGCUCCAGUAGUGGUAGUAGUGGUCAGAGUCGGAGGAGUUCUGCCAUUGGGCCUGGGAUCAUCGCGACUGUUGCGCCUCGACGGGGUGGAAGUGGGAAUUUCAAGAUCACCUUUGAGAAUGUUGCUGCUGGUGCACGUUCGAAAGGUGACAAGGAUGGAAAAGGGAAUAAGCUCACGCUUGAAGUUGCAAGACAUGGGAAUGUGCUGGCGGCCUUCGAUGUCAUUGAUGGCGAUAGGAAGGUUGCCGAGGUACGCGAGAGCAUCCAACGUAACGAACGCCUGGCUUUGCUGCCCGGUUCGCGCAGUGGGUAUCGCCCUGUUCUCGAUGCUAUCGUGACACCGGGAGUGGACUUGUCGUUGGUCUCGAUCGUUGCCGUUAUCGCGUCCGACUGGGUUUUUGACUCGAAUUAUCGGCAAUGA